UUUAAGAGAAACUCCCCUUUCAGCACCCUGGACAGAGGCAGCGGGUGUUUUAAAGGUAAAGUGAAGCGCGUGCAGGCUCAGCACUUCUCCCCCCUUCCACUGCCGCACACCUCUCCUCUCAUCUCUGGCUUAUUAACGAGGCAUCACAGACAAGCAACUUGAUGAAGACGCGUUUGUGUUUCUGAGGAUAGACAGCUCACUCAAGCGGAUAAAAACCAUUGGCCGCUCACACUGAGCUGCUUUUAUUUUUUAUUCAAUUUUGUUUUUUAUUCGAUUUGCGCCUUUUCCUGCCGUUUUUCCUUUCACUUGGAGCAUCUUGGGAAGAUGCUGCUGGAACAUCCGGGAUCAAGUUGUCAAAGCAGCGGAAGUUUUUCCCGGUACGCCUCGGGUCAAGAUAUCCCGGUGUGCGCAGGCUGCAGCCAGCACAUCGUGGACCGCUUCAUCCUCAAGGUUCUGGACCGCCACUGGCACAGCAAGUGUCUGAAAUGCAGCGACUGUCACGCGCAGCUGGCGGACAAGUGCUUCAGCAGGGGGGACAACGUCUACUGCAAGGAGGACUUCUUCAAGAGAUUCGGGACUAAAUGCGCGGCGUGUCAGCAGGGCAUCCCGCCCACGCAGGUGGUGAGGAGAGCGCAGGACUUCGUCUAUCACCUGCACUGCUUCGCCUGCAUCGUGUGCAAGAGGCAGCUGGCCACGGGGGACGAGUACUACCUGAUGGAGGACAGCAGGCUGGUCUGUAAGGCCGACUAUGAGACCGCCAAACAGAGAGGUGAGGAAAUCAUUGCGGCAUUGUCAGUCCCAAGAGAAGUUGUCCACUCAGCUUUCAAUACGUCUUGGUGCUGGGCUCGCGUGGGCUUCGGGAGACACGGCGAGAGGAAGACGCGUAAAAAUGAGAGGAGCUCAGUGGGUGCGCGAGGCUCCAUAUGUCUAAUAAUGCUGCAGGUGAAGUUGUGA